CGCCUCGGCUUGGGUCUUCCGCCGGAAAUUCUCGAAUCUGUUUUCUUAAGUCUUUUCUCUGCCUCUCCGGCUCCGGGGGGAAUAAAAUUAGCCAUGGAACACGGGACCUUCACUGAUCAUAGUAGUGCUACUUUUUCUUUGACUGAAGAGGAUCAUACCUUAGCAAAUGCUGUUAGAUUCACCUUGAAUCAAGAUCCACGGGUAACAUUUUGUGGGUACAGCAUUCCUCACCCAUCAGAUGCUCGAGUUAAUAUUAGAGUUCAGACAACUGGUGAUCCAGCAAGAGAAGUAUUAAAAGAUGCUUGUCAAGAUCUGAUGUUAAUGUGCAGGCAUGUGAGGAGCACUUUUGACAAGGCUGUUGAUGAAUUCAGGAUCAGCAACCCUGUGAAAGAAAUGAACAUUGACUCGAAAAAAUGAAAUUAUGGAUUCUCAUUGUUAUACAUUUACACAUUUAAACUGUCAUGUAGCUGAUAAUGUACUGAUUUCAAUUCAAUCUUACUUUCAUUAUGUUCUUAUUGAAUCUUUGUUUAUUUAGUGGUAGGCUGGUAGCAUUGCCUGCUACUAGUUCCAAAAAAUUGUCAUGUUGUUU